AUGGUCCCGAACGCGGUAUCCCGUGGAGCUUGCAAUCCCUGCUGCCCAACCGCCAUUCUCUUUGCGGGCGCGACACACCGAAGCUGGCUCUCGCAGCGUCGAGACCCUCGCGCCGACGGCCAGCUCGGCUUGGCGGCGGCGCUUCAGAACAUCGUCGAGCGCGGUGAGGCGGCGACACUCGACGAAGCGCAGACGGUGCUCUCGCAAAGAGGGCACGCAGCGUCGCUGCAGAAGCUCGUGGAUAGCGGGGAGGCGGCGACACUGGACGAGGCAUCGAAGCUCGCCGGCCAGCGCGCACGCGCAGCUUCGCUGCAGAAGCUCGUGGACAGCGGUGAAGCGGCGACGCUGGAGGAGGCAUCGAAGCUGACUGGCCAGCGCGGACGCGCAGCAGCGCUGCAGAAGCUCGUGGACAGCGGCGAGGUGGCGACGCUGGAGGAGGCAUCGAAGCUAGCUGGCCAGCGUGCACUCGCAGCUUCGCUGCAGAAGCUCGUCGACAGCGGCGAGGCGGCGACAUUGGAGGAGGCGCAGCAGGUUCUCUCGCGACGCGGUCAUCAGGCUGCGCUCCAGGGCAUGGUGGAGCGCGGCGAUGCGGCGACGUUGGAGGAGGCAUCGAAGCUAGCUGGCCAGCGUGCACUCGCAGCUUCGCUGCAGAAGCUCGUCGACAGCGGCGAGGCGGCGACAUUGGAGGAGGCGCAGCAGGUUCUCUCGCGGAGCGGUCAUCAGGCUGCGCUCCAGGGCAUGGUGGAGCGCGGCGAUGCGGCGACGUUGGAGGAGGCACAAGUGUUGCACUCUCAGAGAGGCCGUGCGGCAGCACUGCAAAAGCUCGUCGACAGCGGUGACGCGGCGACGCUGGAGGAGGCAUCGAAGCUAGCUGGCCAGCGCGGACGCGCAGCAGCGCUGCAGAAGCUCGUCGACAGCGGCGAGGCGGCAACACUGGAGGAGGCGCAGGUGGGUUACGGCAUGAACGCUGGAGUGGCCGCAGCACUCUCUGCAGGCAAGUACACCCGGUUUCCGGGCGUGCGUUGGCGCAAGGACUCGCGCAAGUGGAGAGUUCAGUUCAGCGUCGGCAGCAAAAAGAUCUCGCUCGGCUCGCAUGCGACCGAGGAGGAGGCUGCAUUGGUGCAUGACGAAUAUGUGCGCCGCCACGGGCUGGCCCGCCCGCUGCACUUUCCGAGGGAGGGCGAGGCGUCGAGCGGCACGUUUCGUGAGCGGCACGCCCCUCGGGAGGCCCGAGCGGGCAGCCGAGGGCCGCGCAUGGCGGUGGUCGGCGACGAGUCCGAGCUGGGCGCGGCUCUGUGGACAGUUGCGCUCGUGCUCGGCGCCUACCUCAGCAGCUACGCGAGUGAGGGCUACGAGCCGCACAAGCUUUGA